AUGGUUCAGGUCAAGAAAUCGGGCGACGUAGCCCCAAGCGAUCCCCAUGCCCCCGAGACACGAGUUCAAGAGGGGAAACCCGUGCUGUCGGUGCUGGGUGUAGCAUAUUCUCUGACCAAUUCGUGGUGGGGAGUGUCUGCCUCUCUGGUAACUGGCAUCAACUCCGGAGGGUCAGCCUUACUCGUCUAUGGGGGCAUUUUGCUGGCCCUGGUCUCCACAGCCGUGGCGGCAACUCUUUCGGAACUGGUCAGUGCCAUGCCAAAUGCUGCUGGACAGUCAUUCUGGGCCAGGGAGCUGAUCCCUCGCAAAUACGCUCGACUUGCCUCCUCCAUCACCGGCUGGCUGGCCUGGUCGGGGUCAAUCUUUGCGUUAGUUGUGCUCUGGGUUUAUGUUUUCCCGUCUGUGAUUGAGCAAUAUGCUGACGAGCAGCCUGUAUUCAAAAGCUCUGCCAGUGUUGCAUCGGGUGUUGCAUCGGCCUGUGUAGGGUCUUACAUCCUGUCCCAUCCAGCACUAAAAAUAAAACCUUGGUACACGCUGGUAGCAUGCCAGUUCGUCAAUCUCUUCUGUUUCUUCUUUAAUAUCUACGGACGAACCUUGUCCUUCGUCGGCAAUGCGUGUCUUUGGACCAGCCUCGGUGCCUUCGUCGUCAUUCUCAUUGCGGUUCCCGCACGUGCUGCAACUCACACCUCCCCAAACUUUGUCUUCGCUACCUUCUCCAAUGCUACUGGCUGGAAGAAUGACGGCAUUGCUUUUAUCGUGGGGUUAAUCAAUGCCAACUGGGGUUUUAGCGGCCUCGAUGCAGCUGUCCACCUAGCGGAGGAGAUUCAGCGGCCGGAGGGGAUGGUGCCUAUUGCAAUCAUGGGGGCAAUUGCUAUCGGAUUUGUCUGCCUCACUGUGACCUCCUUCGCCUUUGUCCUCGCGAUGAUGUUUAGCGUCCAGGACCUCGCCGCGUUCCUGGCAGCCUCCUUCCCCAGUCUGGAGCUCUUUCGCCAAGCCCUGCGCAACGACGUCGGCGCCAUCGUUCUGGAAGGAUUGACUAUCGCCACCGGUAUGGGCAACAACCAUUAUGGCAUGUUGCAGACGUAA